CAAUCCGUAGUGCGCAGCUGCGCGUGCGCUUAGCAUACUCCGUUGGCCACUUCCUUUACGUCUUCAGUUCGAGGCAACCGGGAGCAAAAAUUAGAAUGCUGGCAACAAGAGCCCUCAGUGCCCUUGGUAAAAGGGCCAUCUCCACCUCAGUCUGUCUACGAGGUGGACAUGGGGUUGCAAAGCUGGAACCUUACACACUCCCUGCAUAUUUUGACCGCACGGAAAACCCACUUCCAGACAUCCGGUUUGUGCAGGAGCUGAGUGCUGACCAGCAGUCUCUGAAAGAGAAGGAGAAGGGCUCCUGGGCAUCACUGUCCAAUGAGGAGAAAAUUGCACUGUACCGCAUCAGCUUCUGCAAGAGCUAUGCUGAGAUGCACCAGGGCUCAGGAGAGUGGAAGUCUGUAAUAGCUGGGAUGCUGUUCUUCUGUGGCUUCACAGGACUCAUUGUGCUUUGGCAGAGGAAGUUUGUGUACGGUGAUGUGCCCCUCACCUUUGAGAAGGAGUGGAAGGAGAAGGAGCUGCAGAGGAUGUUGGACAUGAGGAUCAACCCCGUGGAGGGCUUCUCCAACAAAUGGGACUACGAGAACAAGGAGUGGAAGAAGUAAACCGAGCCAAGCCGCCUGACCAACCUGUCGCACACUCAUGUUACUUACAACUUACAACAACAACCGUAUCUGUAUAUUUAUCAACUGUCCACCUUUACCUCAGUCAAUGCGUUUGGAAGACCCCUUCCUCUUAAGGUUAUUGUACAUUGUAAAGAAAUAAAAUUCCAUUGUUUUCCUCCUCA